AUGCUGGAGUCUUAUGUCACUCCACUGCUGAUGAGCUAUGUGAACCGUUACAUUAAGAACCUGAAACCUUCGGACCUGCAGCUCUCGCUAUGGGGAGGGGAUGUGGUGCUCAGCAAGUUGGACCUCAGACUGGAUGUUUUGGAGCAGGAGCUGAAGCUUCCCUUCACCUUCUUAAGUGGCCAUAUCCAUGAGCUGCGAAUCCACGUACCAUGGACAAAGCUCAGCUCAGAACCAGUGGUGAUCACAAUCAACACCAUGGAGUGCAUCCUCAAGCUGAGGGACGGUUCUCAGGACGAGAACGAGAGCAGUACGUCCAGUUGGAGUGCCUCUGAAAAAAAUGUGCCUAAAUCUCGACGAGUGCAGCAGAGCUCCCCUGACCCUGAUCUACCCCCAGGCUAUGUUCAGAGUCUGAUUCGGCGUGUAGUAAAUAACGUAAACAUUGUGAUUAACAACCUGAUUCUGAAGUAUGUGGAGGACGACAUCGUGCUGUCGGUCAACAUCACGUCGGCCGAGUGCUACACAGUGGACGAUCUCUGGGACAGGGCCUUCAUGGACAUCACCCCUCCUAAGCUUGUGUUGCGAAAGGUAAUAAAUUUUGAGGACUGCACAGUGUGUUUGGAUAAGCGGAAUGCCAGCGGAAAGAUCGAGUUUUACCAAGACCCGUUGCUCUACAAGUGCUCCUUCAGAACCCGUCUCCACUUUACUUAUCACAACAUCAAUUCCAGAAUACCAGCAAUCAUCAAAAUUCACACAAUGGUUGAGAGUCUGAAGCUCUCCCUGACAGACCAGCAGCUGCCCAUGUUUGUGCGUGUGCUGGAGCUGGCGAUGGCUUUAUAUCUGGGAGAGAUCACAGCUCAGAAAGACGGAGAGAGAGAGGAGAGCGUCUCUCCCACGGAGGCUGACGUUAACAUUCCUGGUACAGUGGGUGGAGUGGACUCGAUUGUAUCAGGUCAGAAUCCAAGUCCAGAUCAAGCCAUGCAGUAUGAUGGUGAGGAGCAAGGCUGGGUGUCAUGGGCCUGGUCUUUUGUUCCGGCCAUCAUAAACACAGGGGAGGAAGAGGGGUACUAUACGGACAUGGAGAGGGACGGGAAUGCCGGUCCAUUACAGUCAUCUUUCAGAGACCCCAUCAUAUCUGUGGGGUUCUACUGUACCAAAGCCUUGAUUACAUUUAAGCUGACAGAGGGCAGUUCUGAGACCAGUUAUUACAGCCCUCAGAAAGUGAAAUCACGCGAGGUGCUGUACGUGGAACAGGAAGGUAUCACUGUUGAGGCACUGAUGAUGGGGGAGAUGUUUUUUGACUGUCAGAUCGGUGUGGUAGGCUGCAGGGCUGUGUGUCAGAAAAGCUUUAUGGGAGUGUGUGACUUUGAGAAGAAGAUGGGCAGAAAGGAGGAGGAUGUUGUGUUCUUCUUUUGUGGAGAGACUUUGAGCUCUAAGGGAAUGACCUACCUGACCAAUUCACUGUUUGACUAUCGGAGCCCCGAGAACAACGGCGUCGAUGCUGAAUUCAUACUCGAGGCCAGCCUACACAAGGAGACUUACACAGAGGAAUCAGGGCUUCAGCGCUUUGGGGCCUUCUACCUAGAUUACCUCUACACAUUGAAGAAUGUCAGCGGCACAGCGCUACAGGAUUCCACAGCGGCGGAUAAGGUGGACCCAAGCGUUUCGGUUCAGGAGACUUCAAUAAAACGCUUAAUGAUCGGCCCUCUGGACCUGCAGCUUCACAGCAGUGCCGUCCAUUACAUCUUUAAGAUGGUUGCCUGUGCCUUAGAUCAUGAAUAUGAACCCUACUACAAACCCAGUUCAGAUGUGCUGGAGGAGUCUGGAGAAAACCUGGGACAGGAAAAAGAACUGGAGGAAUUUAUCCCAACGCGACUGACGUGCGUGACGUUACUAAAGGCUUCUGUUACUGUCACCAUGGCCGAAUUUAACCUGCUGCAUAAACUACUUCCAGCCAUACUGGGCCAAAAGGGUUCGGCAGGGCAGGUGACUUCUCCACAGUUUCAGCCGGUGAGGCCGCUGCCCGCGCUUCGUCUCCAGGUAGAACGAGUCAGUCUGGAACAUUCUGUGCCAAUGUAUGGUUCUGAGCUAAACCGGACAGUCAGCAGCCUCAGCCAGCCCUCGGACAACCUACUGCACCACUGUUACACACACUGCUACCUAAAGGUGUUUGAGUUGGACGUGGGACUAACACUACUGCAUAAUGACGGAGUGACUCCUCUCUUACCUAUAAUUCCCUCCUUUAGUACCGCCCUCUAUUGGAAGACACUGUAUUCACCCGGAUACUGGUCUAAGCGGCAGACGGUGUCAGUGACCGAAUACCAGUUCGAGUUACCCAAAUUCACGGUGCAGGCAACACAUGCUCAGAUGCUGCUGUUGAGAUGUUUGUGGCUGAGCUGGACCCACAGCACGGAAAGCGGAGCCAGUCCCACCGCCAGCGACUCACUCAUCAACGAGGUCUACAGAACUCCAGGUGCUCCCAUAAUACAGGCUGCGGUACAGAGUGUGGAGCUGAAGGUGUGUCAGAAGGCCAUGCUGUGGUGCGCAUCAGGAACACUGGGAGCUGUUACAGUGUGUGCCAGGACACUUUCUGUAGGUAAGGAACAGAAGAAGCAGCUGGUGGUUUUGCUCCAGGGACCAGCUGACACACAAGAGCUUUACAGCAGACAGUGGCUGAAUGAGAACCGCCGCCCACAGUCCCUCCUGGCUCCGGACUUCCUCACUUUCUCAAUACAAUUCCCACAGCUUGACCGAGACUGGCACAACUCUGGUGCUGGGCUGCUCGUCAGUGUGCAGGGCAUCGCUGUGAAUAUGGAUCCAGUUUUGUUCACUUGGCUGCUGUACCAGUCUCAGAGACCUAAUGCAAAUCGACAAACACAGCAAACUGUUGUUGGGGGCCCCAUGGGGAUCUUGAAAACAAGGGAGGAUGAAGCAUCAGUAUCCAGUACUCCACUGGCCAGGCAGCUGUCCAAUCAACCAUCAGACUAUGCCAGCAGUCCCAUCAAAACAAAGACUAUAACAGAAUCCCGUCCUCAUUCCAUUCCAGUGAAAGUCAUACAGUCAUCGGGUGAGAGCUCAGAAUCUCUGGAGGACGGAUUUAAGAACCUGAUCACACAUGCUUGGGAUGCAGUUAAACGCCUUACGCUCCAGGUAGAGCUUCAGCCGUGUUGUGUAUUUGUGCCUAAGGACACCCUACCAUGCCCCUGCACCAUAGCGUCCGGUGAUAUCCCAAGCACCGUGCGCAGCUGGUACCACGGUCAGGCCUCCAUGCCUGAGACUCUGGUAGUCUGCCUGCCCCAGAUCAGUGUGCUAAGUGCUGGGCAUAAACACAUGGAGCCACUACAGGAGAUCCCUUUCACCAUACCCAAACCCAUACUGGAGGAAGGUGAUGCAUUCCCAUGGACAGUGACGGUGGGCCAGUUUAGUGUGUAUACGCUGCUGGGACAUCAGUGCUCUCUCCCUCUAUUGGAACCAGUAGGCUGUACCUCUACUCUCGCAGUGACCUUUCACAAACCUCAGCCUGCUUCCACCACGUCAACCUCUAGACACGCUGUUAUCAUCUGUCUUCAUGUAGACCUGCAGCCGCUAUUUCUGAAACUCUCCAAACUACAGGUACAGUUGCUUUAUGAGUUGUAUCUGAGUUGGAGCAGCAUCAAUGAUCGUCUACAGAAGAGAGAAACGUUCUGGCAGUUUUCUGGCUUUGCCGGAGACCCUCAUCCACAACCCGCUGGCCCCACCUCCCCCAUCAACAGCAGCGCCGGCACCAUGCCUCCGGACAACAGCACCCUCAGUCCUUCAGCCGAUCUGGGAUCACCCACAGAGGGUGACUCUGUUCCCGCUGGUGAGGACCCUGUCUUUUAUGAAUCACUUACUCUGGAGCAGAAGACGAGUAGCAUCGGGGGUGGCAAGGUUAGCCUGUGGAUGCAGUGGAUGCUCCCAAAACUCACAGUUAAACUGUUUUCUUCAGAUCUUGCUACCAAGACAGAGAUAUGUGUGAUCAGUGAGUUAGAAGAUCUGAGUGCCUCUGUAGAUGUGCAGGACGUUUACACAAAGUUAAAAUGUAAAGUGAGCAGCUUUAACAUCGACCAUUACAGGAGCAGUGGAAAAGCCAGUCCAUCAUGUUCGAGCCUGUCUAAGGGAGUGCUGUUAUCCUGUACAGACAUGCUUAACCGUCGCACCGUGCUUCUCCGUCCGGCCAGCCAUAACAACCCCUUCAUCCACUUUUCCACACCCUGUCCUCCAGUGGCUGCGAAAACCCUGGAGAUGUGUCACCAACCGCACGGCUUCCUGUCCCUGACCUACACCCAGGCCGUAACCCGCAACGUCCUUCACAAGUUAACGGCACGGCAGGACCGCGCAGGGCCUCCGAAGCUCAGCGAGGGUGUGGCUAACGGCUCCCCGCAGCAUCUACACGAGAUCCUUCUGACGACGCAGCCUUUUGACCUGGUUCUCUUCUGGCCCCUGCUGGCCAGCGUGGUCGACGUGUUCCACGUGGCGCCGCCUUCACCGUGCGCGCGACAGGUCAAAGAGCGCCUCUCGGCCGGGCAGCCAGUGAGAGGGCUGGGUUUUUCCUCCAGCAAUGUUCCACUUAUCUAUAUUAACACCAGUAUGAUCCGGGUCUUCUGCCCUCUUAAGGAAACGCAGUGCAACAGUGCUUCUAUGCUAAAGGAGAACGCAGAAGACACUCUAGUGCUCAAGAUUGGGUCAGUCAGCGUGGCACCUCAGGCCGAUAAUCCGCUCAGCCGCACCGUACUGCGCAAAGACAUUUACCAAAGAGCAUUAAAUCUAGGUGUGCUCCGUGACCCUGGAUCUGAGGUAGAGGAUCGCCAGUAUCAGAUCGACUUGCAAAGCAUCAAUGUGGGCACUGCCCAGUGGGAGCUGCUCCGGCCUAAAGGGGAAGGAAUUAAGGAUCGCAGUCCUCCCGAGGGUCAGAGAAGUUCCCAGAACCCAGCACUGGAGUGGAAUAUGGCCAGCAGCAUUCAGAAGCAGCUGGAAAGAAGAGCCGUUCUCACUCCUAUACUGACAGACUUUUCUGUGCGCAUCACAGCUGCUCCUGCCAUCAUCUACAGCAAACCCAUCUUCCCUGACAAAAGCCCAGCAGAGGAGAUUGUGGUAUGUGGUCAUAAUUUGGAGCUGAACGUUACAUCGGGCCUGGAGAUGUUUCUAAGUGUGUCUCAGGUUCAGCUCAUCCAGCAGCUGUUAAAGGGCAACAUGGGUCUUACAGACGCCUCAGGAGAAAACAUGAAGUGGCACAGACAGAAACCUCAGAGUAGAAGUGUAUACCCCGAGGGCUGUGUGGAGGUACUGGGGGUGGGCGGCGCAUCCUGUGGACAGGACAGCGGCUUCGGCAGUGACAGCGACCGCUUGCACAUCAUAAAGCUCGACCAACAGGGCGUGAGCAACCGUUACCGCUUGGCACGGCCCUCCCAGCAGCCCACCAUUACCAAGAACCUCUCUUUUAUUCCUUUUGACAUCUUCAUCACUGCUGGACACCUUACAGUCAUGACAUUUGCUGUGUCCCAAACUACUUGCAGAAAAUUCCCACAAUGCACAGGCAAGAAAGCCACACCAGAGACGGAAAACACAGAAAACGUACGCAGGCCUGACCAAACGUCUGACCCGGUGUCUGAUUUCUCAACUUUGACAGCAGAAGAUCUGAUUAAUAGUAACAGCUCUGUACAAGCCGCCGCCCCCACUGAGAGAGGUUUCCCGGGCUUGUCGUCACCAGCUAGGGCGUCUGCAAGGCAAGCACUGGGCAUUAACGUGGUCCAGCAGCCGGGAAGACGAGACGUGGAGGAAGGCCAGUUGCAGCCGCUGCUUUUUCUGCAGCUCACGCAGCCUUCGGCUAUCCUCAGCUGCCACCAGCGCAGACAGCGUCUGGAGCUCUCGGUCUUCGACUUCACAGUCAAAGGAGCGUCUUCAAACCAUGUGUAUCUAGACACAGGAAAAUCUCUGCCUGAGUCCAUUGAUUACAACGUCUUCUGGUUGGAGACAGUGGCAGGAGAGACAGACAACAGGACUGGGAUCCCUCCACCUCUUUUCUCACUCUGCAUCAGAGACUUCCUCAAUGGACCAGCUGAGCUGAAGGUAGCAUUGUGUAGACCACUAAAGGUGAGCCCAACAGUGGCCAAGCUGGAGCAAGCAAAGUACUUCUGGGAGAAGAUCUUUCCAGAAAGCAGCCUCGUACCAGACGUCUCCGACACUCCUCAAUCUCUGCACAGCACCAAAUCGUUCCAGAGCAGCCCAGUUUCAUCCUUGUUUCCCAGUCGCAUAGCAGACGCUCUGCAGACGCUUACAACAUUUCAUAAGUUUUCUCUCCAAACUGUGCAAAUGAUGGUGAUCAUGGAGAUGGAAUCACAUCCUCUUCGACCGACGAUGACGUUUUCUGUGUCCACUGUGGAGGGCAAUAUGAGCACGAAGAGUGACCACAAACCAGACGAGAGUGUGAAAGAGGUGUGUCUGUUAUGGAAAUGUCAGAAUUUGUUGGUCCAAACAAGUUUAGGAAACAGUAAGAAGACAUUUGUGGGGCCGUUCUCCUGCAGUGUCGAUCUGACGGCCUGUUGGUGUCGACACAGUGGUUGUCCUAAUACUGGCCCACCGAGAAUCCUGCUGAAACUAAAGGGAGGAUUAUUACAGGUAUUUUGGGGACAGGAGCAUUACAAUUGUAUUGCUUUGCUUCAAGAGUACCUGCAAAACUACCUGAGCGAACAGACGCAAACGGAAGAGCAGCAACAGAACACGAAUUCUGUAUAUUCCAAACUGCCACACUCUCCUGGAGCACGCUCUCCCAGCACUGAACAUUCCUCAGAUGACCUGCGCACCGGCCUCUUCCAGUAUAUCCAGGGAUCAGCCUCUCAGAAUCUACCAGGGGCGCAUGAGGUGGUGUUUUAUAAUGAGACAGAGGACAGUCCCGGUGUGAUGAUGUGGAGGUAUCCUGAACCCAGAGUACUCACCUUCGUACGAAUCACCCCUGUGCCCUUUAACACCACAGAAGAUCCAGAAAUCAGCACAGCUGACCUGGGGGAUGUGCUACAGGUGCCGUGUAGUCUGGAGUUCUGGGAUGAGUUGAGAAUGGCGUUUGUGCCAUAUCGAGAGUUUAGCCUGUCUGAGAGCAGCGUGUGUGAACUUUCGAUGCCUUCAAUCGCUUCCCAUACACACCAGAGUGACCUGGUGGCUGCAGAUCUCUGGAGAGUUGUAGUUAACAGUACAGGAGAUGGAACAGAUGAGAGUUCUGAGAGUGAGCUUGGUGUGCAGUUGCCCUGUGAGCAGCUUGUGUCCCCCACAGCGCUGGCAGCAUGUAUGCAGGUAGACUCUUGUUUUGCACCGUGGUUCGUUCCAUCACUUGGUGUGUCUCUGCAUCUGGCCUACCUGGAGCUGCGACUGAGCCAUCACCUCGAACAACUGGGCCCAGUUCCAUCACAGCGACUCCGACCCUUCCUUCCAGACAGGAAGUUGCCUUUGGAGCAGGAGUAUGCGGUGGUGUGUCUGCGGGAGCCGCAGGCUUUUGUACAGGAGUGGAGUGACGGGACUCAGCUGGGCCAGGAGCUGCAUUUCUCCUCCAUGCUGCACUGCCACCUGUUGAACUACAGGAACCUUACACUCCUACCCCUUCUGAAACCAUUUAAAAUCCAGAGCCAUGCUACUAACACGCAUACACACUCCCAGCAAACACACACACAGUCCAUGCUCCAGUGCAGUGUGUUCCUGGAGCCUGUGCAGAUCGCGGUGGGUCAGCACGCCAUACACACAAUGGAUGUGGCACUGAAGGCAUGGCAACAGAACCUAAAGCCAGCAGAAGAGGAGCUACUUCUCGCCCACUAUGUGGUUUGUAAUGACACUCAGGAGAUUUUACGUUUCGGUCAGGUGGAUACAGAUGAAAGUCUGGUCCUGAACAGUGGACAGAGUCACCAGUAUUGUUGGAGAUCUCACAAAUCCUCACAGUUGCUGCAUGUCUGUAUCGAGGGCUGGGGUAACUGGCGCUGGUCAGAGCCUUUCAGUAUUGAUAACGUGGGUACAAUUCUAAGGAGCAUUCACAGGAAAGGCCAGACAGCCUCGCUUAUCAUUAAAGUUCAGCAGCUCAAUGGAGUGCAGAAGCAGAUUAUCAUCAGUGGUCGACAGAUUAUCUGUAGUUACCUGAAUGAGAAGAUCGAGGUACGGUUGGUGCAGCGCAGUGUUGAGGUCGAGGGCCAGGUGCAGGUUCAACAUCUGCAGGCCUCUGUGGAACCAGACAGUAAGCUGCCCUCAUAUGUGCUGGAGGACUCAGAUGUGAUCGGUCUCUCUGUGCGAGCGCAUAAAGACCAAGAGUGGUCUCAGGAUGUGUGUCUCAAAGAUACACAAGAUAACAGCUGUGUGCUACAGAUUACCUCCGCUACUGGCUCCCUGGAAUCUGUAUGCUGCUGUGUUAUAACCCUGGAGCCCAACUCUCAUAUGCAGCAGAGACUGGUGGUGUUCAGUCCUCUGUUUGUUGUGAGGAGUCACCUACCAGAGGCUGUAUUGGUGCAAGUAGAGAAGCGCAGUUUAGGCCAAAAGGAGUGCCAGCAAAUCGUUGGACAAGGGCAGCAGCGGGCAUUGCGCAAUGUACAGCCAAACAUCACACACCACCUUACCUUCAAAGCCAGUGAAGAAGGAGACGUUUCACAUUGUGCAAUACCGAUCUCUUCAGAUCUAAUUAAGCAGAUUGCGAGCAAAGCUGGUCCAGAACAGAGUCAAAGCCGCAGCAACAUACUCCAACACUUCUACGGCCCUCGUAGUUCCAGCCAGCUUGUUUGGCCUUACUCCUGUAGAAACCCAGACAGGUCAGAGGGAGAAUCAGUAGCUCAGUGGGACAGUCCCAUGCAAGUGCGCUUGUCUGCAUGGCGGGCGGGUUUAAACUCUCUUCUGGUGGAGCUGUUACCAUGGGCGCUGUUCACCAAUCACUCUCACUGGGACCUCUGGCUGUUUGAAGCAGAAAACAUCGUUCUCCAAAUUCCUGCUGGCAAAACCAUCAUCCCCCCAAACUUUAAGGUGGCAUUUCAGAUCGGCCUUUAUUGGCCCCAGACAAACACAGUGCACAAGUCAUCAGCAAUACAUCUGCUGCACGAGUUAACCUCACCACGCUGGAGCGAGCUGGGAGAAGCCAAAAUUCUCAGCCUGGAUGAAGAAGGAUACGUGGAAGCUGACGUCUUCCUUGGAACUCCACCCAGACAAAAGUUGUGCCAGUUCUGUGUGUCUUCGACGGUAAAGUACGGGAUACAGAUUUUACAAAUCGAGGAUAAGAGUGUGCUGGUUAACAAUACAAAUCAGACUAUUAAUUACAGAGCACUGCUCUCUGAGUAUCCACUAUCAGCUCCUGAUCAGCAUUGUACUCCCCCUCACUCUAGUGUAUUAACACUAGGCCCAGGACCGAAGGCUGGCACUCCCUCUACCUGUCCAGUACCUAGCUGGGAUGUGUUAAUUCAAAACCCCACAGAAAAACAGACUCCACUGCCCCAGAAGCACAUUUAUUUCAGUUGCAUGGUAGAAUCCAAACAGGACCCGGAGCCGUGGAGCCUGCCUGUACCUAUGCGGCCGGACUUUCCCAGACAGAGCGUAUCUGUGCCAGUGCAGCAGAACGUGCACAAUUCCCUCAGCACCAGAGCACUGGUUGUAACAUAUCAGGAGCAUUUAGGAAUCACGUACAUUUCCGUGAGUGAGGACCCAUGUCCCCAUAUGCUGAUCCAUAAUCGCUGUCCCAGAGCCUUGAUGCUGAAGGAGAACCUGAGAGAGCCUGCUAGGACAGAGGUGUUCUGUAGGAAACUGCCUCCGUUCAGCUCUGUGCACCAUGAGCUGUACUACCAUUUCUCCAAUUUCCCAGAGUGCAGACAGAAGGAAGCUCUGCCGUCUCUGCGUUUCUGUAUAGUCGCUGAUUCACCCUCUGAUCCUUCCUCUGUGGCCACACCACUCACCUCCAGCUGGACUGAUGGCAUUGACAUCAACAGUCCUGGCACACAGGUGGUGUUCUUGCCAGGUUUUGGCAGUCUGUAUGUUGACGUUGCUUAUCUAAGUGGCACAGUUGUUCUCACCCUGGCACCGGAAAGCUGUGCUGGACCUGUCAUUAACCAACACCAAAGGGAAUCCAAUCAGGUGCUGUCGUUCAGAGUCGCACUGAAUGAGAUGAGUAUGGCACUUUGUGAUGACAUCACAAGUCCGACCGGUUCGGUGGAGCUCAUCCGUCUAACCAUUUCCAAGCUUCUGGUCCUGCUGCCUCCUCCUGAAUCGGCCGCGAGUGACGCAUCCAUCAGCCCCGCUCACCAGAUACGGGUCCUGUGUGGCAGCCUGCAAGUGGACAACCAACUGUACAGCCGCUCCAGUUUCCACUUUCCCGUCCUGCUGUGCCAGGAGCAACUAACAGACAAGGACUUCUGGGCGGGUGACACUAACACAGCACUGAGCCCGGAGGCUCUGGAGGAGUUCCGCCAGAUGUGCUUUCUGUCUGUGGGCCUUACACUGUCCAGCGAUGGGCAACAUCUGGAACAAAUGAGCUUCCGGGUCAAACCGACUCGAGUGUAUCUGGAAGACACUUUUAUAUACUACCUGAAAACGCUCUUCCACGCCUACAUACCUGCAUCCACUUUGUCUUCCACUGGAGGGACAGGAACAGGAGACCCCUGUCUUAUGUUACCUGUGCAAGUAUACCAGUCAGAUCAAGCACUGGUUUGGCCAAUCCGUCUGCACAGGCUGCUCAUUGAGCCGGUUAGUCUGUUGGUCAGUGUACAUGCCUCUCUGAAGCUCUACAUCGCCUCGGACCACACGCCGCUGUCCUUCUCUGUGUUUGAGAGAGGGGCUGUGUUCACCACACCACGGCAACUCAUACAUUCUCUCACCAUGCACUACGCUGCAGGCGCCCUCUUCAGAGCAGGAUGGGUUGUGGGUUCUUUGGAGAUUCUAGGCAGUCCAGCAAGUCUCGUCCGCAGUAUCGGAAACGGCGUGGCCGAUUUUUUCCGCUUACCGUACGAGGGUCUAACACGUGGACCUGGAGCCUUCGUGAGCGGCGUGUCUCGUGGGACCAGCUCGUUUGUCAGACAUAUUUCAAAAGGAACACUUACAUCCAUCACUAACUUGGCCACAAGCCUUGCGCGUAACAUGGACAGAUUGUCUUUGGAUGAGGAGCACUACAUGCGGCAGGAGGAGUGGAGGAGACAGCUUCCAGAGACUCUGGGUCAUGGCCUGCGCCAAGGCCUCUCUCGUCUGGGAAUCAGUCUACUGGGAGCUAUAGCUGGUAUUGUGGACCAGCCAAUGCAAACGUUUACCAGGCCGAUAGAAGGUAACAGCACGGCAGGCAGCACCGCUCGUGGUGUCAUCUCCGGAGUGGGGAAAGGCAUUGUGGGAGUUUUCACCAAACCCAUCGGAGGAGCUGCAGAGCUCGUCUCACAGACAGGAUAUGGUAUCCUGCAUGGUGCUGGUCUCUGGCAGUUGCCGAGGCAGCUGUAUCUUCCCGCCGAGUUGAAAUCAGCAGACGCACUCAACAGUCAUCUCAAAUAUGUUUGGAAGAUGCUGCAGUCUUUAGGAACACCUGAAGUGCACAUGGCGCUGUGUGUGCGUAUGAUGAGCAGUUCAGGGCAGGAACACGCCGGAUGUCUGCUUCUCAGUGGUGAGGUGCUUUUUGUUGUGAGUGUGAGUGAAGACACACAGCAGCAGGCCUUCCCCAUCACUGAGCUCCACUGCCAACAGGAUACCCACAAGUCUGAAAAACUCACACUCACUAUGCAACAGCACCCAGUCUGCAGCGACACUGAGGGUGACGGGGGUCGUGAGCGUCUAUCUGAACAGCAGUACCGCUGGUUGUCGGACUACGUGACGAGCGUGUCUCAGUACCUCUCGCCAUCCUCUCUCCUUCAGCACCCAGUCUUGAGGGCAGCUAGCCCACCCCCUAGCAUCAGCAAGGUCUAUCACUACCAGGCAGACCCCGCCUACAUUCACGUCUUUAUCUGUAAAUUCAACAUGCUGAAGGACAAGGCGCUGAGCAAAGGCUUCAACUGAGAGGAUUUUAAAGUGUUCAUGUGCCAUCAAAUAUAGACAUAAACACAGAAGUGCUAAUGUUGUUUUAGAUAGAAAUCCUGCAGUUAUUAACACUACACUGUCACCUGACAGCAAGGAGGUCCUGGGUUCAGUUCCCAGGUGGAGCAGUCCGGGACCUUUCUGUAUGGAGUGUGCAUGUUCUCCCCGUGUUUUUGUGGGUUUCCUCUGGAUGCUCCUGUUUCCUCCUACAGUCCACACACAUGCAGUUAGGUCCAUUGGAGAUACUAAAAUUGCCCUAGGUGUGUGUUAAGGUGUGAACUGUGAUGGACUGGCGCCCUGUCCAGAGUGUUACCGUGUGCCUUGCGUCCAUUGAGAGGUAGGAUAGGCUCCAGCACCCCCUGUGACCCUGAUUAGGAUAAGCAGCUUAGAAAGUGAGUGAGUGAGUUUUUGGCCACCGGCAAUAAUCACAUUCAUCAAGGGUGGAUAGACAGUUAACUGGCUGGAUCCUAAUUUUGCAUAUAAACGUUUAUUAGCCACGCCCAUUGCUAACAGACAUGUAAAAUCAGUUAUAAAAUUCAUUCAUUCAUUCAUUUUCUUAUCCGCUUAUCCAGUUAGGGUCGCGGGGGGUGCUGGAGCCUAUCCCACUGCUUUUACUCAGUCAGUAAUGAGUUUUCUCCAACCUCCCAAAGCAAUCCCAGUAAGUGGAUUGGCAUCUUUAAAUUGGCACUAGGUACAAUUUAGUGCACUGUUUAUAUUUAAGGAAAGAACUAUAUUUAAAAGAGUGUUAUUAUUUACUUUGUAAAUGGUAUAAUAUAGAUAGAUGUUAAUAAAGAAUAAACCUUCCCCAAAAAGUGUCCACCAGGCUCUAGCAUGAAGGACUGAAAUGGAUUUAACAUAAUACGGCUGGACAUUCUAUUUUAUUUCUCUGUAAAUUUAUGGUCAGAUGUCAACCUGACACUGCAUUAAUAAAAGUAUGUUGUUA